AUGUUCGAUCUAUACCAACGAUUCAGGUCAUUAAACAAGAGGUUUCGCUUAGACUCAGCUUUACCAUUUAUUGCUCUGGUUUCUUACACAAUAGCUGGAGCUGCUUUGUUUCGUGCACUUGAACUGGAAAAGGAUCGUAGCGAACGGGAGCACUUCAGAAGGACUGCUCUUAGUAUUUUGGCGAUAAACUCUGCGAGCUCAUUCGAUAUUAGUCAUGCGAAGUAUAGCGAAGAUUUGCAAAGAGCCGUAGAGAGAAUACAAUGGUUAUUUAACUACCUCAAUUUGACACAUACGAUUAACGAGAAAACAGAACCUACACCUUGGUCAUGGUAUGGCUCUAUGUUUUAUGCUGGACAGUUAUAUACAACUAUAGGUUUUCAAACGACUAAACAAACACGUGCAGGCCAAAUAGCGAGUAUUUUUUAUAUUUUAGCGGGUAUUCCGAUAUUUUUAAUUAUUUUAAAAAAUGUUGGUAUUCUUCUGUCGAAAUUUUUUCGUAAACUUUAUAAGCGUAUACGAAGUGCUCGUAGAAAGCUUGUGCCAGUUAAGGUAAAAUAUAUUAACCUGAAAAUUUAUUUUAGUUACUUUGAGUGUUCUGGAAGUUUAAAAAGCAAAACUGAUGCUUUCCCUAUCACAAUUGCAUUUGCAAUAUUAAUAUUAUGGAUUAUUUUAUCGGCAGCAUUGUUUUGUUUAUGGGAAAAACAGUGGGGAUUUUUAACGUCUGUCUACUUUUUCUUCGUCUCCAUCAGUACAGUCGGACUGGGAGAUGUAGUGCCAUCGAACAAGGAUAUGAUGCUUGCUAAUUUCGUACUCAUUCUUUUCGGUUUAGCUCUUUUAUCUAUGUGCUUUAACGUCAUACAGCAUAUAUUUAAAUUGCAACUAAGAAUACCUGUCGAGUCUAUUACCUCAAAAAAAAAAAAAAGUUUACUUUUUAAAAUUAUGUCUUUCUUAAAAAAAAUAUUAAUUUAUUUAUAA